CAGCGGGCUGGGCCCCCUCUCACGUGACCCGGCUCCGCGGCCGCCCGGAAGACCGGACCGCGCGCUCGAGCUGACAAGGGCGGCCGUGACGUCAUUCUGGAUGGACAGAGACCCGUCACCGAGGAAAAUGGCUGAUGAGGACGAUGAGCCGGCGUUUGACGAAGAUGUGGAAGAGAGUGGAAGUGGUGCUGAAGGUGGACAAGGCAGAAGAAAAAGAUUAUUUUCAAAGGAAUUGAGAUGCAUGAUGUAUGGCUUUGGAGAUGACCAGAAUCCUUAUACUGAAUCAGUGGACAUCCUGGAAGAUCUUGUCAUAGAAUUUAUCACUGAAAUGACACACAAGGCCAUGUCAAUAGGACGUCAGGGGCGAGUCCAAGUAGAAGAUAUUGUCUUUCUCAUUCGUAAAGAUCCCAGGAAGUUUGCAAGAGUCAAAGACUUGCUGACAAUGAAUGAAGAAUUGAAACGUGCUAGGAAAGCUUUUGAUGAAGCUAAUUAUGGCUCUUAGUUUCAGAAGGUUACAUGUCAUGGAGUAAAUGGUAACUUAGAAAUACUUGCCUUUAAAACAUUUACUUAAAGCACGAAGUUCCACUCUAGGUCCCAUUGCAAGUAGCAUAUGGUGGGAUAAGAUGUAAUGAUAAUUUGUUCAGAUGGAGCAGUAAAGUUCAUUUUGGCUGUGUCCAGCAGGGAGAGAUGCAGAUUUGUUUCCUUUUGUCAUCACAAUGUAAACAUAGUUAUUGGCUGAGGAGCUGAAUGGAGCAAUCCUUGCAGCCUGUCUUUAAAAGAUUUGUGUAUAUAUCAGGAAAAAUAUAUAGCACAGUAACUGUAAAUUGUCCUGUUUGCUGUAGUAACUUACUGAAAUUUGAUGCUAAUAAAAAACAGAUAGUGAAGUGGAAUUGGAGGGCAGGAAGUAACUGAAUCAGUAAUAUACUCUACCCAUUUUAAAGUCAUAAAUAAUAUCCAUAGUAACUUAUAAUAGGAAUAUAUUAUGUAUCUAUUUUGUAAAAGAAAGUGAAAACAAUACUUACCUUGCAGUCAUUACGCCCUCCUGUGAUUUCAGGGAUAAGGUUGCAAAGGUAGUUUAACUAUUUUAUGUAUAACAUUUCCAUUAUGUUGAUAUUUCAAUGCAUAAUGUUGACAGAAAGUAUGCAUCAGCAGUAUUUGUAUAAAAGCAUAAAUUAAAAUAUCACAAGGCACUUUAUUGGAGCAUUACAUCAAAUUAUGAGAACUGCCUUGAUUAUAUUUUAGCAGCUACAUAAUUUGGCUUUAGGUAUUGGAAUGAAAAUACUUUGUUCAAAUUUGAGAGCCUCUCUAAAUCAUUCAUAUAGUUAUUACUGUAUGUAUUUCCAUGAAUAAUAUUGAAAUAAAAACAAACAAAAUACUGUGCA